AUGGGUUCUAUGGCACAAACUGCUAUUCCUCUAAAUGUCAUUCAUCUUGAUGAAUUCUCUGAGGGGGAGAUUUCUCAGGGUACACACAGUGAUGUUGAGUCUGAUGAUGAUCAACCCAACACAAGAAAAAGAAAUGAUUCUUCCUCAAGGGGAGCUAAUUAUGUUGAAGCUCUGAGUUCCUCAGCUCCUCCUGUCAAGAAAAUCAUGCUGGCAGUUAAUUUGGAAGAACUGACCGACGAAUGGAGACUACCAAUAGAGGAAGUUAGGGAAGUCAUGUUGGAGCAUAAUGCUUCAGUACACGAAGACAAAGAUGAACGUCGCUCCACCAAACUUGCUCAGAUGUAUGCCUCAACUGAUGGAGGUCUUAUUGUUCAAUGA